CAAUAAACUGGAGGUCAUUGAGCCUGCCCCUCCUUUUUUACAUCGUGGCUAAAAAGCCUAGAAGUUGAAACCACUGCUGCUCCGAAGCAGAGUAUCCUUUCCAUGAUGCUGCUGCUCCUGAUCCUGUUGGCCUUUCCUCUGCCCUCCAGGACCUUCAUAGCAGUGAUCAAAAGGGGCACUGAAGCCAGACCACACUCAAGACCCUACAUGGCAUUUAUAAAGUACAUUAAUCAACGCAAUACAUGGAAACGUUGUGGAGGGUUCCUGGUACGAGAAGACUUUGUGAUGACGGCGGCUCACUGUAAUGGAAGAGAGAUUGGUGUCGUUCUGGGAGCUCACAACAUAAAGAACAAAGAAGAAACCAUGCAGGAAAUCCCUGUGCUUCAAGCCUUUCCUCACCCAGAGUUUAACAACGUUUCAGGUUUCAGUGACAUCAUGCUACUGAAGUUGAAAGAGAAGGCUCGCCUGAACUCAGCUGUGAGGACCAUUUCCCUACCACAGAGUCAGGACUGGGUAUUGCCACACCAGAUGUGCAGUGUAGCAGGCUGGGGAAAUUUAGUUCAUGGUAAUUCUUCAGACACACUCCAGGAAGUAGAUCUGCAAGUACAGAACAAACGGGCAUGUCAGACAAUCUUCAGAUAUUAUAAUAACUAUGUAAACAUAUGUGUGGGGAAUCCUCGGCACAUGAAGACAGCAGCAAUGGGCGACUCCGGGGCACCCUUGGUGUGUAACAAUGUAGCUCAGGGCAUUGUCUGCCUUGGACGUCCGAGGAAAAUUCCUAUGAUCUACACCAGAAUCUCUACCUUUGUUCCCUGGAUACACAAAAUAAUGAACGCACCCUAGGGUUAUGUUGCAGAGUCCUCACCAGUGUGGAGGGAGAAUGUCAGGCUGUUAAUAAAGACCAUCUCCCAGUGGGGAGGAACUACCGUCUCUAUCUUCGUUGACCACUCAUU